AUGGGACAGUCAGACGAGGAGUUUGAGGGACUGCAUGAGUGGGUGGGGUCGAGGGAUAUGAUGGGGUCCCCGCGAGGGGCCUGGGGUCUCAGAGAGAGAAGGGAAUUCUUGGAAGGGGACCGGGGCUCGCAAUCCUGCAGGGGUCCGAAAUCUGCAGAGCCAGCCCUCAGGGCGGGCCGGCGCCCCCCCACCCGUGUCACCCCCGCCCCCCAACUGCGGCGCAGGCGCCAACACAACCCGCUUCUGCUCUGCUCGCGUUCCCGCUCCCGCUCGGCGGAGACUGCGGACGGAGAGGGACCCAGGAUGCCAAGCUGCGAGCGUCCCUGUGGCUGCAGCCGAGGCCCCAACGUGGAAGAUGGCAAGUGGUAUGGGGUCCGCUCCUAUCUGCACCUCUUCUACGAGGACUGUGCAGGUACCCCCCUCAGCGAUGACCCUGAGGGGCCUCCUGUACUGUGCCCUCACCGACCUUGGCCCUCACUGUGCUGGAAGAUCAGCUUAUCCUCAGGUACCCUGCUUCUGCUACUGGGUUUGGCAGCCCUGACCACUGGCUAUGCAGUGCCCCCCAAGUUGGAGGGCAUCGGAGAGGGCGAGUUCCUGGUGUUGGAUCAGCGGGCAGCCGACUACAACAAGGCCCUGGGCACCUGCCGCCUGGCAGGCACUGUGCUCUGCGGGGCAGCCGGGAUCUUGCUGGCCAUCUGCAUGUUCUGGGCCAUGACUGGCUGGCUGAGCCAGGACCCCAAAGCAGAACCCUUGGACACUGAAACCGAUGGCCACAUGGAGGUCUUCGGGGAUGAGCUGGAGCAGCAGUUGUCCCCCAUUUUCCACGAUGCCAGUGGCCGGUCUUGGUUCUCACCACCCGCCAGCCACUUUGGGCAAUCCUCUGUGCAGACCAUCCAGCCCAAGCGGGACUUUUGAGCUGCCCUCACGGCCAGAGGAAGAGCCAGGCCUGGGGUCUGGACCCUUCCUCCUCCCCACCACAUCCCACCUUCCCAUUGUCUCCCUAACUUCUCCCUUUCAAUGGGGCCCUUUCCAUCUAAGCCCCCAGAAAGUCCAACUCCAGGUCAGAAAGUCUGGAGCUCACAUCUCUGUGUCCCCCUCCCAGGGGUAGGGCCCUAAGUCCUCCAAGAUGCCAGCCUUCCCCGAGUCCCCCCAAAACUUCCCACCCAUUCCUCCUUUCCAAAGCCAUUCAAGGGCAGAAAACUCCCUCAACCUAUCCCCACUCUUUCCUCUGUAUGACCUUGGGCAAACCCCUUACCCUUUCAGACCAUCAGUUCCUGCCUCUGCACUAAUGAAGGGUUUGGACCAGA